AUGGCAACUACGACUAUGAGUGAACGUUUUCUUGAUGCUGAUGAAGAGCCGUUAGAUACGUUAACAACAUCACUUCCUAACAAAAUUUAUGAAGAACAACCAUUAGUUUCACUUCAAGCAGCUAUCGAACCUUUAAAAAAUUCUAAUGAAGUUCUUCUUAUACCUGGUACAUGUUUACUUGUCACAGGCAAAAGUAUAACAGAUAAAGGAAACUAUGUGAUUCGUUUACAAGAAGAACCUAGUGAAAAUCUUCUUCUAAACUCUCUUAUUGAUAAUCCAUCUUCGAUGGUUGACAUAUCUCCAACAAGCCAAGUCUCUAAUGCAAGUGCAAUUCGAUCAACUACUCAAAUCCUGUCGGCCAAAUUACUUAAGAAGCCUUGGCUAGAUUUUAACUGGCGUUCGAAUGAUGAACAAUCGAUUAUGACUCCAGAAGAUCUAGAAAGCCUCCUGGGCGAUCCCCCAAUAAAUGUCGACAACGCUAUAUUAGAUUGUGUCCAAGGGUCCAUGGUUGGUAUGGCUUUGGGUGAUGCACUCGGUGCCCAUGUCGAAUUUCGACCUCGACAAUAUCUCAUUGAGCAUCCAGUACAAGACCUUACAGGUGGAGGAACAUGGGGACUGAAAAAAGGACAGUUUACGGACGAUACCUCUAUGGCUCUUUGUUUGGCAAGUUCAUUGGUAAAAGGUGCUCGAUUCUUAUAG